AUGGAAGCAGUAAUCUUCGAUUUUAAUGGAACAUUAUUCUGGGAUACAGAGAAACAUGUGUACGCUUGGAAGUUACUCUCCGAAAAACUUCGUGGAUAUCCAUUUACACAUGAAGAAGAUCUUUUAUUAACUGGCCGAACAAAUUACCAGCUUCUAGAAUACAUAUAUGGACAUCCAAUCGAUCGUGCAGAAGCAGAUAAGAUCGCACUUGAUAAAGAAGCUUUCUAUCGCGACUUAGUUCGUAAUGAUAAAGAAAAUUCACAUCUUGCACCAGGAGCACCAGAAUUAUUAUCAUACCUCAGAGAUAACAAAGUCCCAAUUACAGUCGCAACAUCAUCCGAAAUUACCAAUGUCAGCUUCUUCAUUGACUUUUUCAACCUUAAGCAAUAUUUCGAUACUUCCAAGUUUGUUUUUGAUCAAGGGCAGUUUCCAGGAAAACCUGCUCCCGAUAUUUACAUUCUUGCAGCAAAAACGCUCGGAGUUGAUCCAUCAAAGUGUAUUGUCUUUGAAGAUACUGCAUCAGGAAUCAAAUCUGCACAUGAUGCAGGCAUUGGCCAAAUAUAUGCAAUUGUUACUCCAAUUACCAAAGACAAACUAAAAGAUUUACCAGGCGUCACAGGGGUUAUCGAAAACUUCAAUGAAUUUGAUCGAUUUGUUCUUAGUAUCAAUCAUAAAUGA